AUGCGCCGUGUGGCCUUCUGUCCGCCCGGACCCUGCAGCACUUUUGGGCGCAUCUUCCACGGAGUGCUGCUGGACGAGAAAGAUCCGACUAAAGAGAAGCAAGUCUUUGUCAAGACUGUGAAGGAUCAUGCAUCAGAAGUGCAGGUGACCAUGAUGUUGACAGAGAGUUGUAAGCUCCGUGGACUUCAUCACAGAAACCUGCUGCCCAUCAGUCACGUGUGCACAGAGGACGGGGAGAAGCCCAUGGUGCUGCUGCCCUUCGUGGCUUGGGGGAACCUCAAGCUGUUCUUGCGUCAGUGCAAACUCGCCGAGGCUAACAACCCACAGGCGGUCUCUCAGCAGGACCUGGUCUACAUGGCCGUUCAGAUCGCAUGUGGCAUGAGCUACUUGUCCCGAAGAGAAGUCAUCCACAAAGACCUCGCUGCCAGGAACUGUGUCAUCGACGACAACAUGCAGGUGAAGAUCACAGACAACGCUCUGGCCAGAGACCUGUUCCCCAUGGACUACCACUGUCUGGGGGACAACGAGAACCGACCCGUCCGCUGGAUGGCGCUAGAGAGUCUGCUCAACAAUGACUUCUCCAGUGCAAGUGAUGUGUGGGCUUUUGGAGUGACUCUGUGGGAGCUGAUGACUCUGGGACAGACUCCGUACGUGGACAUCGAUCCGUUCGAGAUGUCUGCCUACCUGAAGGAUGGAUACAGGAUAGCACAGCCCAUCAACUGCCCCGACGAGCUGUUUGCGGUGAUGGCGUGUUGUUGGGCCUUGGAUCCAGAGGAGCGGCCAAAGUUCCAGCAGCUGGUCCAGUGUCUGACCAAGUUCCAUGCAGCGCUGGGGGCCUACGUCUAA